AUGGCAGGAGGUGGUAACUGUGUGUCACUGAGCAUCACCAAGUAUAAUAUGGCAGCAGGUGGUAACUGUGAGUCACUGAGCAUCACCAAGUAUAAUAUGGCAGCAGGUGGUAACUGUGAGUCACUGAGCAUCACCAAGUAUAAUAUGGCAGCAGGCUGUAACUGUGAGUCACUGAGCAUCACCAAGUAUAAUAUGGCAGCAGGCGGUAACUGUGUGUCACUGAGCAUCACCAAGUAUAAUAUGGCAGCAGGUGGUAACUGUGUGUCACUGAGCAUCACCAAGUAUAAUAUGGCAGCAGGUGGUAACUGUGUGUCACUGAGCAUCACCAAGUAUAAUAUGGCAGCAGGUGGUAACUGUGAGUCACUGAGCAUCACCAAGUAUAAUAUGGCAGCAGGUGGUAACUGUGAGUCACUGAGCAUCACCAAGUAUAAUAUGGCAGCAGGGGGUAACUGUGAGUCACUGAGCAUCACCAAGUAUAAUAUGGCAGCAGGUGGUAACUGUGAGUCACUGAGCAUCACCAAGUAUAAUAUGGCAGGAGGUGGUAACUGUGUGUCACUGAGCAUCACCAAGUAUAAUAUGGCAGCAGGUGGUAACUGUGAGUCACUGAGCAUCACCAAGUAUAAUAUGGCAGCAGGCUGUAACUGUGAGUCACUGAGCAUCACCAAGUAUAAUAUGGCAGCAGGCGGUAACUGUGUGUCACUGAGCAUCACCAAGUAUAAUAUGGCAGCAGGUGGUAACUGUGUGUCACUGAGCAUCACCAAGUAUAAUAUGGCAGCAGGCUGUAACUGUGAGUCACUGAGCAUCACCAAGUAUAAUAUGGCAGCAGGCGGUAACUGUGUGUCACUGAGCAUCACCAAGUAUAAUAUGGCAGCAGGUGGUAACUGUGUGUCACUGAGCAUCACCAAGUAUAAUAUGGCAGCAGGCUGUAACUGUGAGUCACUGAGCAUCACCAAGUAUAAUAUGGCAGCAGGCGGUAACUGUGUGUCACUGAGCAUCACCAAGUAUAAUAUGGCAGCAGGUGGUAACUGUGUGUCACUGAGCAUCACCAAGUAUAGUAUGGCAGCAGGCGGUAACUGUGUGUCACUGAGCAUCACCAAGUAUAAUAUGGCAGCAGGUGGUAACUGUGUGUCACUGAGCAUCACCAAGUAUAAUAUGGCAGCAGGUGGUAACUGUGAGUCACUGAGCAUCACCAAGUAUAAUAUGGCAGCAGGUGGUAACUGUGUGUCACUGAGCAUCACCAAGUAUAAUAUGGCAGCAGGUGGUAACUGUGUGUCACUGAGCAUCACCAAGUAUAAUAUGGCAGCAGGUGGUAACUGUGAGUCACUGAGCAUCACCAAGUAUAAUAUGGCAGGAGGUGGUAACUGUGAGUCACUGAGCAUCACCAAGUAUAAUAUGGCAGCAGGGGGUAACUGUGAGUCACUGAGCAUCACCAAGUAUAAUAUGGCAGCAGGUGGUAACUGUGAGUCACUGAGCAUCACCAAGUAUAAUAUGGCAGCAGGUGGUAACUGUGAGUCACUGAGCAUCACCAAGUAUAAUAUGGCAGGAGGUGGUAACUGUGAGUCACUGAGCAUCACCAAGUCUAAUAUGGCAGCAGGUGGUAACUGUGAGUCACUGAGCAUCACCAAGUAUAAUAUGGCAGCAGGGGAUAACUGUGAGUCACUGAGCAUCACCAAGUAUAAUAUGGCAGCAGGGGGUAACUGUGAGUCACUGAGCAUCACCAAGUAUAAUAUGGCAGCAGGGGGUAACUGUGAGUCACUGAGCAUCACCAAGUAUAAUAUGGCAGCAGGGGAUAACUGUGAGUCACUGAGCAUCACCAAGUAUAAUAUGGCAGCAGGGCGUAACUGUGAGUCACUGAGCAUCACCAAGUAUAAUAUGGCAGCAGGGGGUAACUGUGAGUCACUGAGCAUCACCAAGUAUAAUAUGGCAGCAGGUGGUAACUGUGAGUCACUGAGCAUCACCAAGUAUAAUAUGGCAGGAGGUGGUAACUGUGAGUCACUGAGCAUCACCAAGUAUAAUAUGGCAGGAGGUGGUAACUGUGAGUCACUGAGCAUCACCAAGUAUAAUAUGGCAGCAGGGGGUAACUGUGAGUCACUGAGCAUCACCAAGUAUAAUAUGGCAGCAGGUGGUAACUGUGAGUCACUGAGCAUCACCAAGUAUAAUAUGGCAGGAGGUGGUAACUGUGAGUCACUGAGCAUCACCAAGUAUAAUAUGGCAGGAGGUGGUAACUGUGAGUCACUGAGCAUCACCAAGUAUAAUAUGGCAGCAGGGGGUAACUGUGAGUCACUGAGCAUCACCAAGUAUAAUAUGGCAGCAGGUGGUAACUGUGAGUCACUGAUCAUCACCAAGUAUAGUAUGGCAGCAGGGGGUAACUGUGAGUCACUGAGCAUCACCAAGUAUAGUAUGGCAGCAGGUGGUAACUGUGAGUCACUGAGCAUCACCAAGUAUAGUAUGGCAGCAGGGGGUAACUGUGAGUCACUGAGCACUGUAAUAACCCUAUCUGCUCUUCCCUUACUCCACUCAACACCCCCAGCUCAACACAGCUUGCCGCUCAGUAUGACCUUCACUGAACUACAGCUAAAUAUUCAGCUGAAAAAUUAA